CCUCCAUCAAAUCGGUCUCUGACCUUCCUGCUGCCUCGGCUUUGCGGUUCCAGACCCUUUCCCAAAUCCCAGAAGAUGUUUUCCUACAGACAGAGCUCCAGCUCCCGCUGCCUGGCCCCUUGCGGGAUCUCCUGUCCCCAGCCCUGCGCGGACACCUGGAACCAGCCCUGUGUCACCUCCUGCGGGGACUCGCGGGCUGUCAUCCACCCCCCACCCGUGGUCAUCACCUUCCCGGGGCCCAUCCUCAGCUCCUGCCCGCAGGAGAGCAUCGUGGGGUCCUCGGCACCGUCAAACUUCCUAGGAUCCGGGGCUUCCUACGGCUCCUACAGCUACGGGAGGUCCUACUCUUCCUACGGAUCCUCUGGGAGCUGCAGACCCUGUUAAACAUCCCAGGAAUGAGCAGGAAGGAGCCAAGAGCCACCACGGAGCCU